UAUGCGGAUGGAAUUAACGCACUACAUCGUUUGUCUACUGAACACAUGCCAACUGCGAACUCUUAAACCGAAAUAAUAGCAUCAUAUCAAGAAUCUUAAUUUCCAUUCAAAGCGUUUUGUUUGGUUAGGAGAAAAGGAAAAUGGCUCCGAAAUUGGCGAAAACAGGGUCGUUCCGUCACGGUUUGGCGGAGAAGAAGGAGAAGGAGAAGCUUCUCUCGGCGGCGAAGAGUAGUAGUAGUUAUUCAGAGAUAGGAAUAGGAAUUGGCAUGAUGCAACAAGAGGAAGAGCAAUCGUGGUGGAACACGUUUAAGCGCGUCGCUGAGAAGGCAUUGGAAAUGGGUCGUUCUGAUCCAAGGAAGAUUAUCUUCUCUGCAAAAUUGGGCCUUGCUUUGACCAUUCUUUCUCUUUUGAUUUUCCUCAAAGAACCCUUCGCGGAUUUGAGCAGCUACUGCGUCUGGGCCAUUCUAACUGUUGUCGUAGUCUUUGAAUUCAACAUAGGGGCAACUCUGAGCAAAGGAGUAAACGGUGGAAUGGGGACCUUGUUGGCUGGAGGACUUGCUCUGGGGAUGGCAGAGUUAUCAACAUUGGGUGGAAAAUGGGAGGAACUUAUAAUCAUUAUGUGUACCUUCAUUGUAGGAUUUUGUGCCACCUAUACAAAACUAUACCCUACUUUUAAGCCUUAUGAAUACGGGUUUCGCAUGUUCUUGAUCACGUAUUGUUUCAUCUCUGUAUCCGGGUAUCAGACAGGGGAAUUUGUUGAUAUAGCUAUAAAUAGAUUUGUUCUCAUUGCACUUGGUGCUGCUGUAUCUUUGGGAGUCAAUAUCUGCAUAUACCCUAUCUGGGCUGGUGAGGAUCUGCAUAAUCUUGUCACCAAAAAUUUCAUGGGUGUUGCAACAUCUUUGGAAGGUGUUGUCAAUCACUACCUUCAUUGUGUUGAAUAUAAGAAGGUGCCAUCUAAAAUUCUUACUUACCAAGCUGCUGAUGACCCAAUUUACAAUGGCUACAGAUCAGCUGUUGAAUCUACAAGUAAAGAAGAUUCAUUGAUGGGAUUUGCUGUCUGGGAACCACCACAUGGUCAUUACAAAAUGCUUAAAUAUCCAUGGAAGAAUUAUGUGAAAUUAAGUGGGGCUCUAAGGCAUUGUGCAUUUAUGGUCAUGGCUAUGCAUGGAUGCAUACUUUCUGAAAUACAGGCCCCAGCUGAGAAGAGACUAGUUUUCCGCAGUGAGCUUCAGAGGGUAGGUUCUGAAGGAGCAAAAGUGUUGCGUGAACUUGGAAACAAAGUUAAAAAGAUGGAGAAACUAGGUCGUGGAGACUUGCUGUAUGAAGUGCACGAGGCAGCAGAGGAAUUGCAACAGAAGAUUGAUAAAAAGUCUUACCUUCUUGUCAAUUCAGAGAGCUGGGAAAUUGGAAACCACUCAAGAGAAGAGGAGAGUGAUUCUCAACAACAAGGCCUCUUUAACAUGGACGAAGAAAGAAAAUUUCUCGAGUACAAGUCUCUCAGUGAAGCAGUUCUUGAUCUCAGAACAGUUGAAGCUCCAAAUACCUGGGAAGGAAAUUUAACUCUAGGCAAUAGCCCUGAUGUGCCUGCAACCGAUGCCUCUGAAAACAUGUUCAGGAAAAAGAUUUCUCGGCCUUCUCAUAUUUAUUACCAUAAAUCAAAUGCCGAGGCCGAAUCAAAAACUUUCGAAAGUGCUAGUUCUCUAUCUGUAACAACAUUUACAUCGCUUCUAAUUGAAUUUGUAGCAAGGCUUCAAAACCUGGUGGAUUCAUUCGAGGAAUUAAGUGAAGUAGCAAGCUUUGUUGACCCCCUUGAGCAACAAGCACCAGUAGCAUCUCAUUGGUUGUUUAACUGCUCCAAAUUCAAGGACUGAAAUAUGUGGUCUUCUUCCUUACGUCAACUUGAAAUUAAGGAUUGAAACAUGGAUUUCACCAUCUUGCAGAGUCGGAGCUACUAAAUGAGAAUCUGCAUUGCUGAUUCUAAAUAAUUACUUUGGAAAGUUGCUGACUUCAUUUCCAUCAAUUUGUGGAAUGUGGAUUGGUUGUAAUGCGACCUACAAAAGUUCAAGGUAUGAUGGUGCAUGAGAUUGUCCUUGUUCAGGCUAUCUAGCUUGCUUGGGAGUUGGAACGACAGGAGGUGAUACUUAUAAAAAAAAAACACUAGGACGCUCUCAAGUUAAGAGGUGACCUAUCCAGUGUUUAUUGUAAUCAAUUGCCAACAAGUUAUUUGAAUUUCCAGAUGAUACUAAGAUCAUGCUCCCCCCUUUUCUCGAAUUAGGUAUCAUCACUUUAUACAA